AUGCCACGGCAUAUGCAAAAGCUUUUGCGAUGGAUUCUUCCAUUUCUUCCAGCUUCUCAUGUCGAUUUGGAUUGCUCUCUGGUGUCGACUGCUAAAGGUUGUGCGCAAGUUUACACGCAGACGACGCUUGUCAAGUAUCUCCCACCUAUACUUCGGGCUGUUGAGGCUGAAAAGGGAUGCAAGUUACGGAAGUGA